GGUCGGCAGUCCCGGCGCGCUGCCGCCGCGUGGAGCCGCGCUGCGUGUUCCCGAUCCCUGAUCCCACAUCCCCGAUCCCACAUCCCUGAUCCCUGUUCCCGGCUCCCUCCGCCGCCCCGAGCCGUGCCCCCGCUGCGGGCCGGCGGCGCGGGGAUGGGCGCGGGGCUGUGAGCGCGGCCGGGAGCCGUGGCCAUGGGGAACAUCUCCUCCAACAUCUCCGCCUUCCAGUCCCUGCACAUCGUCAUGCUGGGCCUGGAUUCGGCGGGCAAGACCACGGUGCUCUACCGCCUCAAGUUCAACGAGUUCGUCAACACCGUGCCCACCAUCGGCUUCAACACGGAGAAGAUCCGGCUCAGCAACGGGACGGCCAAGGGCAUCAGCUGCCACUUCUGGGACGUGGGCGGCCAGGAGAAGCUGCGCCCGCUCUGGAAGUCCUACAGCCGCUGCACCGAUGGCAUCAUCUACGUGGUGGACUCAGUGGACGUGGACCGGCUGGAGGAAGCCAAAACGGAGCUGCACAAGGUGACCAAGUUCGCGGAGAACCAGGGCACCCCGCUGCUGGUCAUCGCCAACAAGCAGGACCUGCCCAAAUCGCUGCCGGUGGCCGAGAUCGAGAAGCAGCUGGCCCUCCACGAGCUGACCCCUUCCACCACCUACCACAUCCAGCCCGCCUGCGCCAUCAUCGGCGAGGGGCUGACGGAGGGCAUGGACAAGCUCUACGAGAUGAUCCUCAAGCGCAGGAAGUCCCUCAAGCAGAAGAAGAAGCGGACAGACAAUAGUGGUGAUAACAAAGCGGCUCCCGCCAGCCGAGCCCAGAUCCCGGAGCUCCCCUCGCCCACCGCCCCGUGCUCCUGAGGGUCUGAUCCGGACUCCCUUGGGCUGGAAACACGGAAAAAACGGGAUGAAUUCCCCCUCUCCAUCUCCGGGAGCACCGAGCCUUUGUGUGCCGGGGAACCAACAGGGCAGGACCCUGUUGAAGCGCGUUCGAGCGGAGCCCAGCGUGCUUUUGGAUCUUUAACGUGGGCAUUUGGGGGUGUCGAUGCCAGCCCCCCACAUGCAUUUUGGGGCGGGGGGUGCGGAUGCACCGUGGCUCGGCAAGGUCAGCGGGGGGGGGGGGGAACGACUUGCAGCCCUCAUUCCUGCAUCCCCGCAUCCCUGGAUCCCUCCCCCGCGGGUGGCGGUGGGAAGGGGUGUUGAAAGCUUGGACGGGGGGGUUGGACCAGCAGAAAAUGUCUUGGAGGGGUGGGUGUGGUGGGUAAGGGGACAUGCACCCACCCUGGCUGGUGUUUUAGGGUGCAGAGCAAGGACGGGCAGCCUUUGGCUUGUGGGGGGAGGAUGCGACACCGGGGUGCUGAGCAGCUGCUGAGUGGUGCAGAGCUUUAAGCUCUUGGCUCAAAAAAAAAAAAAAAAAAAGGUGGAAAAAGGAAAAAGAAUACCCAAGGGUUUGGGGUGAACGCUGCUGGAAGCGUCGGGGGGGUUGUGCAGGACCCCGGCAGUGUCACCUUCGGCAGCAAAGCCCCCCGCAGGUGUGCAUUGUCCCCGUGCUCAGGGUGAGGGUGCUCCAAGGUGCGGCUUUAGAGGUGAUCCAAACUAGGGGUUACUUAGGAAAACCCCCAAAAAGGCAGAGUUCGGGGUUCUGGCCACUGUGCUGCUCUGCAGUGGGGCAGGAGGCCAAGUCAGGGAGGGUCAUGGCAGGGCAGGAUGGAUGGAUGGAUGGAUGGACAGACGGAGAUGGCCAGAGCCUGCAAAAAAAUCUCUGCUGGAAAAGGAAGAUGGCAGGGGGUGAAGAGGCAUGAGGGGGUUGUGGUAGGUUUUUAAUAAAGAUUCAAACCUGAUUAAAAGCCCCUCACUUCCCCUAGUAGCCACAUGGGCAAGCUGUGCCUGCAGAGCAGCCUGAGCACCCGGGCAGGGUCGGGCCUGGCCGCCUCCUCCUGCAGGUGAACAUUUUAUACCUGCAUGGGGCUGGAGACCAAAAUCCACUUGCUGUCUGUAUUUCAGCCUGGGAUCCAGCUCUCCCGGGUCCUGGCUUCCCACAGAGCUGAAGCAGGCAGCCCUCAGGGGCCAAAUAUCCUGAGUUUGGAGGCAGGCAGGAUUUUCUGGUGAUUUUACACCAGCUUUCCCAUUUGCAAACCCCUUCCCAGAGCAGCCAAGGGGAAAGCACCAAGCAGACAAAAGCAAAAUGCCCUUUGGGUUUCGGGGAGUUGAUCCUCCCCUUGCAGCGACGAGCACCUUCCAAACAGCAUUUCUGGGGGGCGGGCGGGGGGGUUUGUUAGGGAGCAAAUGUUGCAGCCGAGUUGUGUUUGUUCUCCUCUUGCUGGGUUUGAGUUCCCGGCGCGAGUCCCGAUCUGUGUGGGCUGGUCCCAUCCGUUCAGGUGGCUCUCUUCCCGCUCCCUCGGGUUUCCCUGCUUUGUCUUCACCUCCAACACUUUGGUACUUGCUGUCAAGAGAGAGAGAGAGAAGAAUUAUUUAUUUUUGAUGCCACAGAAGCCACAUGUAUUUACCCAUUUUUGGGAGGGCAACCUGUUUGAAAUGUAAAAGCUGUGUUGACCCCAGCAGCUCCAGGGUGAUCAGGUUUUAGGAAUGACACCUGCAGGCUGUUGGUGGUGGGUUUUUUUACCUCCUGGCUGGUCUCGGUUUAGCACAUGCUGGCAGUGGAAAGGCCGUUUUUACAGAGCUGGGAGCUCGUUCCACCCAGCUGAGCAUCCCCUUGGAGAGAUGGCAGAGGGCUGGAAGGCUCGGGUGGGACGCUAUGCCCGUGCCCUUGCCAGCCGCUCUGCUUUCUGCAAUAAUUAAAAAGACUUUUCCAACGAGUAGCUCCUGGCUUCCGUGGUGUUUCCGUAACGUCCCACCCGGUUUUCCCCCUUCCCCGUGUGAAGAUGAGCGUCGCCCUCGGUGGGCUGCAAGAAGAGGGGCCUGAGCAGAGCAGCCCCCAAGGGCUCUUUGCAAGGCCGUGCAUCUUCUCAGAGUCUGGAUGACCUGGGUUUUCUGGCAGGUCUCAUUCCCCAGGUCCAUUUGCCGUGUUCCCCUCCGCGAUAUCCCGUGUCCUGCCCUCGCCAUUGUCCGUCAGUCUCUGUUCCUCCCGUCUUUCCUUUUUUUCGUUUUCUAUUUUAUUUUUUUUUUAAGAUGCAGACAUAAUGCUGUGAACUGAAAUAAAUUAUUUAUACAAUGAAAGGGCCUGAUAAAAAAAAACAACCAAA